CUGUAACUUACAGCCCACCUCUGCGCAAACGUCAAGACCGGCGAAAAGCUACGAAGGUACCCCGCCCGUCUCCACGCAGCAAGGACGCCGGCAGCGGCCCCGAAAGCAGCACUCCUCCCCCUGAGGCUCGGCCCUUGGGUCCAAACCAAGAGCGGUGCGAUAUCUGCGGCCGGGGCUUCAACAAGGACCGCAUCGAAAAGCACAGGACCAUCUGUCAGAAGCGGCUACCAAGAAAGUGAAGGGCCUUCGAUGCAACCAAAAAUGAGGACAAAGGGAUUUACGGAAGCAGGAAGGCCUUCGUGGAAAAGGGUCUCCACAAGAAAGAAGUAAAGGUGAAGAAGCCCAACUGGCGUGCCAAGCAUGAGGAGUUCCUCAAUGCGGUCCGACAGGCGAGGAUGGUGCAGGAACACUUGGCCGCCGGCGGCAAGCUUUCAGACCUGCCGCCGCCACCACCGUCGGAGAACCCAGACUACGUGCAGUGCCCCAAGUGCCUCCGCAAGUUCAACGAGACUGCUGCCGAGAGGCACAUUCCCCGCUGC